AUGUCAAACUCCUCCAAAAUACCACCGACCGUUGUACACGUCCAAGAGACCUCCGACUGUGGUACGCCUCCUACAAAUCUCCGACCGUUGUACGCCUCCAACAAACCUCCGACUUUCGUACACCACCAACAGACCCGACUGUCAUACACCUUCAGCAGACCCCCGACUGUCAUACACCUCCGACAGACCCGACUGUCAUACAACUCCAACAGACACCGACUGUCAUACACUUUCAGCAGACCCCCGACUGUCAUACACCUCCGACAGAACCCUAACUGUCAUACACCUCCGACAGACCCCGACUGUAAUACAACUCCAACAGACCCCGACUGUCAUUCACCUAAACAGACCCCGCCUCCCAUACACAUCUCACAGACCCCCGACUUAGUACACCUCCAACAGAUCUCCGACCGUCGUACACCUCCAACAGACCCCGACUGUCAUACACCUUCAUCAGACCCCCGACUACCCCCGACCGUUGUACACCUCCAACAGAUCUCCGACCGUCGUACACCUCCAGCAUACCCGGAUUGUCAUACACCUCCAACAGACCCCGACUGUCAUACAACGCCAGCAGACCCCCAACUGUCAUACACCGCCAGGAGACCCCCGCCUGUCAUACACCUCCGACAGGCCCCGACUGUCUUACAACUCCAACAUAUCCCGACUGGCAUACACCUCAAACAGACCUCCAAUCAUUGCACACCUCUAACAGACCACGACUGUCGUACACCUCUCACAGACCCCGACUGUGGUACACUACCCACAGCCCCGCAACUGUCAUACACCUCUUACAGACCGCGACUGUGGUACACUACCAACAGCCCCGCAACUGUCAUACACCUCUCACAGACCCCGACUGCCGUACACUACCCACAGACUCCCGAUUGUUGUACACCCCUCACAGACCCCGACUGCCGUACACCUCUCACAGACCCCCGACCGUCGUACACCUCUCAUAGACCCCCGACCGUCGUGCACCUCUCACAGACCUCGACUGUCGUACACCUCUCACAGACCCCGACUGUCGUGCACCUCCCACAGACCCCGACUCUCGUACACUACCCACAGACCCCCGACUGUCGUACACCUCCAACAGACCCCCGACAAUCGUACACCUCCAACAGAAUCCGACUGUCGUACACUACCGAUAGACCCCCGACUGUCGCACACCUCCAACAGAUCGCCGACCGUCAUACACCUCUAACAGACUCCCGACUGUUGGACACCUCUUACAGACCCCCGACUGUCAUACACAUCCAACAGAACCCGACAAUCGUACACCUCCAAAAGACCCCCGACUGUCAUACACCUCUAACAGACCCCCAACAGUUGAACACCUCCUAG